UGUAUGGUAUGAUUUGUGCAAAAGUUCAGGUCAGUCAACUCCCACUCGCUUGCGUGCGGAUAGCUGUUUCUUUCGUGUUCCGUGGUUGAAAUCGGAGUUCCGGUAGUUCUACCUCUUUCCAAAAUGCAGUCCACCAAAACGGAAGAAGCCCGACGUCAGUUCUGGUCCGAAUUCAUUGCGCUGUACCGGAGUUUGCCCGCCUUGUGGAAGGUGAAAAGUGCCGAGUAUAAAAAUAGGGAAUUAAAAACCGCGGCAUACGAGAUACUUAUAAGGAAAAUGAAGCAGAUCGAGCCCAACGCAGACAGGCUGAUUGUGCGGGCCAAGAUCAACACUUUGCGCACAAGCUACAGGAGAGAAAUGAAGAAAGUCCGGGAGUGCAUCGAAUCUGACGAAGGCACAGGCGAUGUAUACGUGCCCGGUUUGUGGUUCUUCAACGAGCUCGACUUCCUGAGGGAUCAGGAAUGUGAACCUUCUGAAUGUUUAACGCCAAGUCAAAUCGAGGAAGCUUUGACGGCCAGUCAAGUCGACGAAACUAGCCAAAUUGACGAAAAUUUGACCGCAGAUGAAACGGAAUUUUUCGAAACGAAUUUCAAAACGGAGAUCGUUGAAGAAGAAAGUGUUCAAACACCUGAACCCCCUGAACCCCGCCCAAAACGGAACCCAAAACGUAGAAGACCCAUGAUAAAAAUGUCAUCAUUGAGAAACGGCCAACUUAAACGGACUAAACCAGUACCGAAGGCCUGCAGCAAACCUCUUGACGAACCUCUCGGAGAUCCUCUUGGCGAACCACUUAACGACCGCGCCUCAGACGCCCAGAUCAUUGCGCAAGGGUGGGGUGUAGAGUACCGGAAACUAAGCGCAACUCAGCAGCUGUACGCCAAGAAAUUCAUUGACGACAUCCUGUUCGAAGGACGCCUGGGAAACCUGCACCGGCACUCGAUCACCGUCAAUGAUCCGCUCCAGUCUCUCGGCGUUCCCAACACCAAUCGCCAUAAACCUGCUGGCCGUCAUCAGUUCGUGGCCCAUCAACCUGGCUACUUAAAUGAUAAUGAUGCUCGUUCAGCUCCUAGAUCUCCAAUCGACGUGUACCCGGCGGCUUCGUCACCACCUUCGCCUUCGAACGUUUCCAACGAUCCUUCGGAGUCAUCGUAACAUCCUCAGGAUGCGUUUUGUGGAAACGACUGCAAGCGAUCACUUUAAUCCAUAUCCCUUACUUCAUGAUCUGCUUUAUGAUUAAAUGUUUAGUUGAAUAAACGUUUUCAGGCAUUAAUAACUACAUUAUAAGUACCUACAGCUGUUUAUGACUAAUAAAU